GCGGAGUCAGGGAAAACACCUGUGGGAAACUGCCUUCUAUUGGACCGGAGCACUGGAGGCUCGACCUCCUUCUCCCCCUGCAGAGGACUCAUGAUGGAAGAUGACUACAAACACAUAGACAACAGAGAUGACCAGCGUUACUGUGAGGUGGGCUUCAGUGCUGACAUCACAAAGGAGGGUCGCCUGGUGCUGGGAGCUCCAGGAAGCUUUUCUUUCCAGGGUCAGGUUUUCACAGUAGGUGUGAGUGACAUCCUCAACAAUGGGCGGAGCAAUGAGCCUAUCCAGUAUGUGGGAGGAAUCAGCCAUUCAGAGGAAGAUAAGGGAGGAGAUUAUGAUGUUUACCACGGUUACUCUGUGGCCAGUGGUCUGCUGACUGGAGACUCGAUACCAGAUUAUCUUGUUGGUGUUCCACAUGACAGAAACACAGCAGGAACAGUGAAGGUCUAUGAUGGCAGGAGCAUUAAAACGCUCAGAGUUUCCCACAUCUUCCUGGGAGCUCAGGUGGCAUCAUACUUUGGACACAGUGUGGCUGUCUCUGACAUCAACAGUGAUGGUUUAGAUGAUGUGCUGAUCGGAGCUCCUCUCUACAUGGACCGAGUGACAGAGCAGCUGCAGGAGCGAGGACAGGUGGUAGUGUACCUGCAGAGAAGACACACCUCCUUCUCCUCUCAGCCUGACCAGUCACUGAUUGGCUUCUCCCUGUAUGGGCGGUUUGGCUCUGCGCUCACUGUGCUGGGUGACAUGGACAUGGACGGUUACCAUGAUGUGGCCAUUGGAGCCCCCUGGUCAGGUGACAGUGGGCAGGGCCAAGUGUUUAUCUACCUGGGCAACAGUAAUGGUUUGUCAGCCACACCCUCCCAGGUGAUUGAUAGCCCAUUGCCCAGCAGCAGGACAGCAUUUGGCUUUACUCUGAGGGGUGGAGCUGACAUUGAUGGCAACGGAUACCCAGACCUGCUGGUUGGAGCGUGGGCUGCAGACCAAGCCUUUGUCUACAGGUCCUGGGCAGUGAUCCGGUCCACAGUUUCUCUGUCUCUGCUGCCAGACUUCCUGAAUCCAGAAGUAAAACUGUGUCAUCGAGGAAACACAACUGUGUGCUGUUUUGUUAUCCAGAUGUGUCUCUACGUAUCUGGUCACAGAAUUCCACAGGAGACAGCACUGGGGGUGGAACUACAGCUGGACAGGAUGAAGCAGCCAACGGCGAGAAGGACCCUGCUGCUGUCAACCAGUCAGCCACAGGAGACGAUGAUGUUGAUGGUUCAGAGAGACGAGGGCAUGGCCUGUGUCAAUCAGACCGCUUACCUGAGGUCUGAAGAGGAGGUCCGUGAUAAAUUGAGUCCAAUCUUCAUCUCCGCCAACAUCAGCCUCCUCAAUACUACCCAGCAUGCUUUGCUGCAUGGACAGACACAUGCUGCUGCACAGACCAGGAUCGUUCUGGACUGUGGAGACGACAACAUCUGUGUCCCUGACCUGAAGCUGAGCGCCGAGCUUGUGUCAGACAGUGUGCUGGUCGGCGAGGACCAGUCAGUGAUGUUGUAUGUGUUGGCGUUGAACGAUGGUGAGGGGGCGUAUGAGACUGAGCUGGUGGUCCAAAUUCCCAAAAACACACACUUCCAAAGAAGCCAGGGUCUGAAUAGACUGGUGUGUAAGGAGAACCAGAGCAUCAUCGUCACCUGUGUCCUCGGAAACCCCAUGAGGCAAGGACACAAACUGCAGACAGGUCUUCUGUUUAGUGUGGGCCAUCUGGAGGAGGUGGAGAGUCACAUCACCUUCAUCCUCAGAAUCAGGAGUAAGAACUUGGUGAAUCCCAGCAGUAACGAGGUCUCAGUGAAGGUCCAGGUGAAAGCUAAGGCGAUGCUGGAGAUCAGAGGAGGCUCCUCCCCUACAGAAGUUGUCCUGCCCCUCCCUGACUGGCAACCUGCAAUGCAUCCUGGGAGUUUAGAGGCAGUGGGUCCAUUGGUAGAGCAUGUUUAUGAGCUGAGGAACCAUGGCCCGAGUGUGGUCAAUGCUCGGCUGAUGGUGGACUUCCCAUCCAUUUGGCAACAUCACUUCCUGCUCUACAUCUUCUCCAAUGCUUCUGAAGAAUCAUUGAGCUGUUGGACCCUGAACACAUCACAGAUAGACCCCUUCAAGCUGGUUAGCGCCUCCUCCAGUAUUUCUGUAGUGUCUCCAUUGAUCCAGCAGGAGGAGACAAACUCACACAGACAAACUGUUCAUGUGAACUGCAGUAGCAGUGAGACUGGGUGUGUCAGGUUUGUCUGUGAUGUCACAGCGUUGGGGCGGGGCUUCAGUGCCGUUGUGCGAAUCUCAGCUCGACUGUGGACACACACUCUCAUACAGACUCCCUACCUGAACUAUGAGCUCAUUUCAUCUGCAUCCUAUGAUGUCAUCAACACAUCAUCAAAGGUCCAACCAACGCUGCUGCCGAGUGGACACGCACAGCUGGGCUUCUUUCAGCGCACCCGCCCCCCCACUGGGGAGGAGGAUGAGAAGGAGGAGGAUGAAGAGCAGCAGCAGCGGGCUGAGGAGAGUCACAUGACUGAAUAACACACGUCCUCACCCUGUCACAUGAUGAUGUCAGAUAGGAGGUAGUCACAUGUUGGAUUUACAGUUGUUAUUCGUAUUAGCUGUUAGCCUGCUAACUGUUAACCUCCUGUGUGCACGUAGGUUUAUUAUUAAUCAUCUCUGACCCCUCCUGUGUGCACGUGGGUUUAUUAUUAAUCAUCUCUGAAGAUGUGAGGAAGGUAAAUUACAGGAAAGCACCAAACAACCACAGAUGAGUGAACUUCCAUCACAUUUCAUUUUGUUAUGAGAAUUUUAUGCCAAAUCUUAGAGGCCUCAUCAAUGUUAUGAUUUUAAUAACAGAUGAAUGUUUCAUCACAAAUGUUGAAUUAACAUUUAUAUUUAACCCUUUAAACCCAAGUAGAUGUUAAAAUUUGAUUACUAAACAGAUUUUACAUUCGGUCUGCUUUUUUCCUUUUGCUUUAAGUUUCAGCUGUUGCUAUUGAGCACUGUUAUAAAAUGGAAAUAAAAUAAAAUUCAAACAAGAAAGCUAAGAAGACAUUUUUGGCUCCAUGUUGUUGACCUAGUCAAAUCCAUAAAAAACAGU